UCAUUCACCGGAAGCAUGUACUACAAAGGUGGAUUUGAUCCAAAAAUGACUCGUAGAGAAGCCGCCUUGAUUCUAGGAAUUUCACCUUCUUCAAAUGAGCGCAGGAUCAAAGAAGCGCAUAAGCGAAUUAUGGUUCUCAACCAUCCUGAUCGCGGUGGUUCGCCUUACAUUGCUGCCAAAAUCAAUGAAGCUAAGGACCUGUUGGACAAUAGUGCAAAGUGA